AUUAAUAAAAAAAUAUAUAUUAUAUUUAACUUUUUUAUUAAAAAAAUAAAAAAAAAAAUUUUUAUUAAAAAAAUAAAUAAAAAUAUGAUAUAGUUGUCCGAUCUUUUUGGAUCUGUUAGAAAGCAAUUCAGUACUCCGUGAAAAAUUCCAAGUCUGUAGCUUUUUUAUGGUUUCCUGAGUAAAAUUUAUAGAAACAGACAGACAUGCUUUAUUGUAAUGAACUCUGCAAAAAUGUUUUGAGGAAAUUCCAAAAUUAUAUGUAGUCAGGAAAAGUCACCAAGUCUUUGCGAGGUCUACUAGAUUAAACUACCCAAUGGUGUUCUACAAACCUUUCAAAACCCAAUAAUUGAUUUUUAGAAUAAAAAUAGAACUGAUUUGACCACAAUUACAUUUCUGUAAUGAUUAAAAAAGAACAAAUUCUUCAUUAUUCGUAUAUUAUUUAUUCUUGUGCACACCAAAAUUAGAAUGCACUGUGCAGGGGUAUACAGAUAAGCUAUGAACAUAUAUAGUUCGUUUGCGCUAUACAGCCUUUAUUAUUAAAUUAAUUAUUACGAAACUAAAAUAAGUAUUACUAUUGAGAAGUAGCGCCUUCGAAAGGUGUGGUACAUACCUGAGCAAGGUACUCUCAUAAAUUCGUCAGCAGGUGUAAGUUAAAGGCAACCUAGUUAAAGGCUGUACAAUUUAUUGAGCUGACAUAUGGUCAAAAUAAGGUAAAUCCAAAUUGACCUAUACUUUUCGGGCUACAUAAAUGUUUUGAGGAAAUCCCUAAAUUAUAACUAAUCUGAAAGAGUCCCCAGGACUUUACGAGGCCUAUUAGAUUAAACUACCUGGGUGACGAAGGUUAAGUACCAAGUACAGGUAGUAAUGCACCAUAGAAGGAUAAUCAAAGCGUCAUAUACACCACUUAAAUGCAUACCUGUUUAAAAUAAAAACGUUCGCAUAUGGGGAACAAAUAUCAGUUGCCUGCCAACCACUGAAACGCCUACAUCGCUCUCAGACAACAGAAAUCCGCAGAAAAAGUUAUGGCCUCGUAUACUUGCACCCAGUUCUUAAACCUUAAUGAAAGCUGCAUAAUGUCAUCGUCUACAACUUUUACACUAGACGCAGUUCAUUUUGCACAAAAGGACCUAAAUCUCUUCAUAGAGAGCUUGGAGACUAUAUCCCGCCUAGAGAAGCAGCGCUAUGAGUGCCGUCAGCGCCAACGGGAACACAAGCUGCAACAGGAGCGCAUCGCUAAACUGGAGGACGAGCGCUGUAGGAGCCCGACACCCAGUGCUGAGGAGGCGGUCGACGAGCCGAUACUGUACCUUGAGGCCAAGUGCAUUCCCUACGCAAUAUCCGAUAACCUGAACACCCAAAAACAGCCUGUCGCUGAAUCACCAGAGUACUACACUUGUAAUGAUGAAGCGUACGGAAGCGCAACGCAGUCGCCACGCAGUAGCAUUACCUAUUGCAGCUGCGGUGUCGAAGAGUUGCACAGCAUGGCGUACGAUUCUGCCGAAUCUGGUGUAUACGGAACGCCCUCACCCCCACCAGUCCGACCACGCUCCCAGGUUAUUACGAAGUCAAAGCGCCGUUCCACGCGAUCUCGCAUUAUCAACAUGGUACUGAAGCGAGAUUGCUGUAAGACUCCGAUUUCCCCUUGCCAGAGUCAUAAGAAAAAAGACAAAUGCGUGUUCUCUGAUGAAAUAAUUCGUGGGCACUAUGAGCACUUUACAAGCAGGUCCCGACAGGGUAUAGCCUAUCAAGUUAAUUCGCCGGAGGAGAGCUUCCUGAACAAGGCCCUGCGAUAUUUAACAUUAUAGUUAUUCUUAAAAUUAAAACCAGAAUCAUUUAGUUAUUUCAUAGAAUAAACUCGUUUGUAAAACAUUUAUAAGAUUAUUAAUAAAAACAAGUUCUUUUUUUUUACAUAAUUGAAUAAUUUAAUUGUAUCUUUCUAAAUUAUCGAAGAUAAAAUGACGCACCGGUGAUGAAGGAAAUUCGAAAUCAACAAUUUCUAUUAUUCAUUUUUGGACAGAAUUGGUUACUUGGCAGAAAAGAGAGCAAGAAAAAUGAGAGUAAUCAAAUUUCUAGCAGAAAUGACUUAUAGGUAAUAAUACCUAAAAUAUAAAUUCGCUCGGUAAGGGUAUAAACGCCAGGUCAGAAUAUAACGCUGGUUUUGUUGCUAACGCCCUGUUGCUGGUUUUGUUUUGUUUACAUCGAAGUUACAGGAUGUCAGCAAGAAAAACAGGGUGCUGCAUCCUGUUUUAUAGGGAAAAGCUUUAGAUGUUUAUAGAUUUCGCAUGCGCGAAAGCUACUAUUCUCUCAAAGACUUCGAAAGAGAGUCUCUCGCAAUGGGUAAUGCUUGCACGAACCGGUAACGCAUGUAUGAACCGGGCAAAUGGAUAACGGAUAAUGGGUGUGCGCAAGGAUAAAAAAAUUGAAAACCAGACGAGAGCUCGUAUACAACAAGUUGAAGAGUAGUUAAAUUUCGAUUUUUCACAGCUUACAUUUUACUCGCGCUCUAAAGAUACGGAUGAAUCCUAACCCGUAUCACAUUCUCGGUCGCUCGAAAUUGUAAAAGGCGGCGUGGUUAUAGCUGGUAUAUUGUUGCGCGUGUACCUGUGUUGGAACUGCAUGUCGCGCACAAUGCUAUCCCAAACUUUAAAAUUUGGAAAUCCUUAAUUCAACAUAUCGGUUACCCAUGUCCUGACCUACUACAGUGUACUUAUAAUAUAGGCAAAUUAGGAAACUUUAAGAUAAGUAGAGAUAUAGCCACAUCAGAAUAAUACUAUUUGUAUCAAAAUUUCAUAACUUUGGUGUGUUUUAAGAUAGAAGCUGGGACUUUUUCAAAAAUUCCAUUAAUAAUAAAUUGAUUUGAUAAUUAAAUGCUCAUAAGGAUCGGUCAACCACUAUCUUACUAUCUAAAAAUAGAAACUACCAUAUAACGGCAACGGUAUAUCAACAUAGGCCAUUGCAUUUAUUUAUUAUUCAAAUUUAUUUUUCUACUUUGUUUCAGCCUCCUGAGAAUGAGCUUCAAAAAUCGCAUGAUCAAAAUCCAGUUGC